UUCUCUUGUUCGUCUGCCCUUUUAAGGCGAUCUCUGCUGUAGCCCUUUUAAAUUGUACCGUGCUGGCGGAAGUGUAAGGCUGUGCAUUGUGGGGCUAAGGGGAGUAUGUGAGCACUGCGAUCAGGGAGGAGAGGGAAUGCAAUGUAACGUAGAGUGGUUACAGUGUGGCGAGGAACAGUUAGGAAAAAGCAUGUUACAACAGGACGGUGUUCUUUGCUGAAGAGGAAUGCAACAUACUGCAGUGAUCGAGGGAGCUGGAACAAAAAGAAACACCCUGGGCAGGUUAAUAAUUCGCCUAUUACAUUGAAAGAAACAGAGGAAGCGAGAGAAAAAUCAGUGUGCGAGUACUCACACGUCAGGACAGGAAUUCGCUUUGCAGAACCUUUACUAGCCACUGAAAGGGAGAAUCUUCAAAAACCAAACAUGAGCGAGACGAGUAUCUGUCAGGCUCGGGCUACGGUCAUGCUCUACGACGAUGCCAAUAAGAAGUGGGUCCCAGCGGGUAAUGGGCCGCAAGUCUUCAGUCGGGUCCACAUCUACCACAACCCAAGCAACAACACCUUCCGCGUGGUGGGCCGCAAAAUCCAACAGGACCAGCAGGUUGUGAUAAACUGCCCCAUCGCCAAAGGCCUGAAGUAUAACCAGGCAACUCCCAGCUUCCAUCAGUGGAGAGACAUGCGUCAGGUCUGGGGCCUGAACUUCGGGAGCAAGGAGGACGCCACACUCUUCGCCAACGGGAUGCAUCAUGCCCUGGAGGUACUUGAUGGCACAGCGAGUGUGGGACCUGGUGCCCCACGGUUGGUGAAUAAUGGACCAAGUGCGGAGGAGUUGGAACAGCAGAGGAGGCAGCAGCUGGAACAGCAAAGGCUGGAACAGCAGAGAUUGGAGCAGCAGAGAUUGGAACAACAGAGGCUGGAGCAGGAACGUGAGCAGCUGGAAAGACGCAGUGCAGCGCCUGGCCCUCCAGCUCCGCCAGGGGGGCCCCCAGGACCACCUGCCCCGCCUGGACCCCCACCUCCCCCAGGACCGCCCCCGCCUCCCGGACCCCCACCUCCACAGUCGGGGAGCGGGCCCCCCCCUCCUCCACCGCUGCCGCCCUCGUCUGGCCAGUUGGGGGGUGGUCCCGGAGGGGGUCUCUCGGAGGCCUUGCAGGCUGCCAAACUGAAGAAAGUAGCACGGGCUGAGGAAAGCACCCGCUCGAGCGGCAGUUCUAGCCCCAGGAGCGACAGCAACAAAAACAGUGGAGGGGGAGGAGGAGGAGGCGGAGGAGGAGGAGGGCUCAUGGAGGAGAUGAGCGCCAUGUUGGCACGAAGACGGAAAGUGUCCGAGAAGCCACCAGCAAAGAAAGAUGAUGAGCCAAACGAAGACACCAACACAGGGACCAAAGUGACAAAUGUGCACAGUAGUGAGUCUGUGAAGAGACCUUGGGAAAAGCCCAGUUCAUCCGUCUCCAGAGGGAACUCCAUGCUGAAGACAGCAGAAUUCUCAAGCAGUUCACACACUGGCAAUCAGCCUAGGGUCAAGACCACCCCCGCGAGCAAUGAGGUCACAUCAGACGAUACAGACGUGGACCGGAUGAAACAGGUACUGAUCCCACGGCUCAGGGUUUGA